CGUAUGUUAGCCGAGCAAACAACGUUUAAUGUUAUACAACUGAGAGGCCCGUCAGUGAUGUGUGGACUAAGACAGAUUGAUAAAUAUGUGGUCAUUAACCAGAUUUAAUGAAUAAAAUUUUUACCACUCCCUUUUUCUCCUGUGUAUAGACCAUUGAUUGUGUUAAUGUAGCAUUUAGGAUGGCUUAGCGCCUGCUGAGCUUUCUGCCUUCACGAUUAUCACUGAGUUGUUCUAAGUGAGAAGCAUCCACUUUGUUCUGGCUCGGACACUGGGACAGCCCACUUCCACACGUUAUUCUAAUAUAUUUAACAACCAGGCUCUUCUCCUUUCGCACAGAACAGGACAGACAACGAAGACAGUCACUGAAAACCAGGAGCUCUGUUGGCAUAACUGAGACCAUCAAGGACGGGCACAAGGACAGAGGCCCGGCUGCCCAUGGACAAGGCUGAUUUCUCAGAGCGUAAGGCUUCCAAGCAACGGGAGGACUUCCCUGACGAUGGGGGUUUCUCCCAAACUAAGCUACACGCUGAUCACAAUUUUUCCUCGGAAAACAACAUCCUGGGUGUCUCAGAUCAAGUGAUUCCAACAGCAGAGGACCCUCAAGAAAGGGCUGCCCGUGAAGGGACGUGCAGAAAUGCAAGCGCAGUCUUGACUCUGGGUAAAAUGACUGAACACGCUGCCAAGAAAAAAUCUGAUGAAGAACAAUGCUGCCUCCCAACUCUUCACAUCCCAGCUAAGAAAGGGGACCGUUCAAAGUCAGACCUUUCUGAUGUUUUACAGCAUCAUCUUUCCAAAGAGGAGCUUUUAAAAGGCCAAGGCAGUCAUUGUGAAACUCUCCCAGAGGUCUCCAGUGCGGACAGUCUUGAUGAAGCCAUUGUUAAAAGUUUUAUUUUGCGUUAUGUUAAGAGUUUUUGGUCAAAAGAACCAACCCCAGAACUCGCUGACCAGCUCAACCCCCUGAGGGAGGAUGACAUGGGCAGUGAGCCCAGCUGUUGCCCCACCAGGACAGCAGAAAACACCUCUGAGACAGAAGAGCCAGUGGCUGCUGGAGACGGCAGCCUUCCACAAAGUUCCACUUUUCUAACUAAAUCCAAGAGUCCAAGCAAUAAACAAAAAGGCUGCCAAGAGCAGAAACUGCAGACAGAAAACACAAGAUCAGGCCCUGGGUUCAAAUAUGCCCAAGUCUGUUACCAGUUCUCUGAUCGCUCUAGUGUUGCUCCCCAAGGGAAAAUCCCUAAAAAUAAUACGAUUGAUAAACCACUUCUAACAGAUAAACAAGCCAGCUCUUCUCCUGAACUGAGAGCUGGGUUAGCUCUUGGGCAAGAAAUUCCAGAAGGCAUGGCUAGGCCAGACCAUGCUGAGAAGGAAGAGCAGGAAAGGAAGACUGGGGACCCCUCCCAGCAGACAGAGAUGAAGCCUGCAACACACAGCCACCAAGAACAUCUCACAGGAACAGGAUCCGAGACACGCCUUUGGAAGCUGUCAUCAACCUCUCAGAAAGACCCUUCCUUGAGUUCUUCCAUAUUCCAGAAGAUAUCCCAAGGGAGAGAGAUGUGCCAGAAGCUAAAAGAACAUACUGAUCAGCUGAAGACUAAAGUGCAAGAAUUUUCCAGAAGCCUAGCACAGGACUCCCCCGGCUACGAGCAAGACGAGAGGCUGGAGCUGCAGAAACUGCAGGCCCAUCUGGAACUGCUGAAGCAGGAGUUUGUGGCUGAGGAGCAGCUGACUUUGGAACAGCAAGUCCACAAGCCUAAAUCCCCAGCUGUCAGUGACUAUGACCCCAAAAGGAAAGCGGAAGGUGAAGUCUCCAGGAUGGAGAUGCUACUUGAAGAUGUUGAAGGGAAGGUUGAUGAAGGCAAACACACUUCAGCUGGCUCUCUUCCCGAGAGUUCUCCAACCCUCCCAGGUGGCCUGCCAUCCGCAUCCUCUCCACCCUCAGAUGAGGUAAUGCAUAACCUACAGCCCAAUUCCAUGCCAGGAAACCCAGGAAGUCAUUCAAACACGGAAAAAGCUAUCUGCACAAUGCUGCCUGUGCCGGCACUGUUCAUCAUGGUGAGAAAGGGUAAGAAAAAGGGAAGAAUACCCUCUCGUCUGUACACGAGAUUUAAAAUCUGCUUGGGGAAGCGAAGAAGACAGUAUGUUGUGUUGAAGGUUCUUUCUCUAAGUCCUGGCCUACAGCACAGACCCACCGAGGGAGGAGUGAGAACCGAGCCGCCUGCGGUGGACCCCCGCCACACCUCCGCCUCCGGAAGGCAGCAAUGUGCAGAGACAACCGGCCGGAGCUGUGCCUUCUGCCACCGGGUCCUCGAAUGGAAGCAAACCCUGGAGAAGAAAGGCCACAGAAGGACCAGCUGUGGAGGGCUUCCCAUUGCCCUUCAGGAAAAGGCACCUCAUCCAGACUCACUUCUCAGUCCCGAUACAGGACUCAGCGGCUCUUCUGCUCCCGGCGCUGGGCUGCAGAGCAACACCUGCGAGAACUGUGGCACUAGGACUCCCAACUGCCCCAGGGAGCCUCCAAAGGGGUCAGAAGCAAUGAGUCUUAUUUUUAAUCUUUCCUGUUUAGAAUUUCAUUACAGAUACGACACCCCGGGACAGAAUUACUUAAAUCAUGGCGAAGGAAGAGCCUUUGUGCAGUUUCGCUUUUUAAAUGAAAAUAAGAAUUCUCCACCUUCUUAUUCAAAACCAAACUGGAUCUGUUCCCAGAGAGCAAAUUCAAAAUCCUCUCAAGAUGAGCGUGAGCCCAAACUAGGAAAAAAAAACCUUAAGGCUCCCAUGACCUCCACUUCAGACCUGGCUACAUCCUCCCCCCAUUUCCACUCUGGCAGGGUUUCUGGAAGCAAAUCCUUAAGCGACGUUAGCAGUGAUGAAGAAACGAAAUCUGAGGGUUUAGCCGCGUCUCUGGACCAUGCCCUGAGGACAGCAAACAUUCUGAAAGAAACAACUGAUCAAAUGAUCAGAACUAUUGCAGAAGAUCUCGCCAAACUACAGAGAUGGAGGAAUCGAUUGAAAUACUAGUUUGAUGCAAGGUGACUGGGGAUUUGAGAAACAAAGAAAGGCAAAGAAAACUUAAUCUUCCCCUCAAAUUAUUUUACUUAUUACACAAUUUAGAAGGAUAAAUUUCUAGAGAAAAUGCCAAAACCAUAAGAAAUGGGGAGCACAACGGUACUUAAACGAGAAAAAAGGGACCUCUGAUUCUUAUACUCAAAUCAACAAGUAUUUAUUUUAAAAUAAAUCUGUUAUUCCUAACACAUAAUAAAAGAAAUUAAAACAUA